AUGGGUGAAGAAAUUUUAGUCCCUCCAAGAAAGUUUGCCACUAGUCGAUUAUGUGAAGUUUCCAGGUACUUUUUUGCCGAAUUUAUUAUUAUUAUUAUUAUUAUAUUCGUUCUGGCUAUGUUCUAGUUGUGAUGAAUCUUGUAUAGUUCUGAUGUCCUUUGAGAAACUAUCUGGUGGGUACAGCUUCUCAACAGAACUGAUGGAGCUCCACUCCGAGGAACCUUUGCUACACAUUCUUUUCAUCCCUGGAAAUCCAGGUACAUUGUACAGAACAGCUGCCAUUUGUGUUCACUUAUCGUCUCAUAUGCGAUUUAAAUGAUAGUAAUGAGUAUUUUUUUUCAGGGAUUCCUUCGUUCUAUAAAGAAUUUAUUGAAGCAAUAUAUGAAAUUUUCGAAGGAAGUGUGUCUAUCACAGGCAAGAACUCAGUAUCCCUUGGGUACCUGGAGAACUCCUCAUGAUAUUUACGGUUAAUGAAUGGUUUUUUCAUGUGUUUUUCAGCAAUCUGCCAUCUCUCUCAUACAAAAGAGGUCAGUCGCACCUCUGAGAGGUCCUUGACGCAAGUUUAUUUUAACCGAGGAGCUUAAUCGGAGCAGUGUGAACCAUAAUAAGAUUUUAAAACCUCAUGGUCCCGAUGGAAGACAUUAAAUAUCAGAAUUAAUUUUUUUAUCCUGUAUACGGACAAAUUGACAAAGUCAGCGGCCACCUACAGCCAAAACUUUUGAGACUAGAAUAGUUCUGAAUAUUUUUUCUUCCAUACCCAGUGCACAAACAUAGUUGAUAUUUUAACGAGGAGUGCACUGUUGCAUAGUUCUUUGGUUACAUGGGAUAUGAAUAAUGGUGCUUCCUCCCUUGCGUUAUUUGGGCAUUGCUUUAGACGAGCAGCAUCAGCUUCUCCAAUGAGUUCAAAAAAGUUGAACUGGGAAAUGGGUCAAUUGGGACCUGCGUUGCGUAUAGAUUAAUACAUCUCCCUGGUUUCAUACCCUCUUACCCCUAGCAAUUCAUCCACAUUUUUCGAGCCCUACAUAUAAACCUAAUUGUAUUUUGCUUCAAAAUUUUCCAUUGAGACACAAGGUGUCAUUCUUCUUAAUUUUACACCUUAUUCAAGUCCAAUGAGAGGAUGUCAAGUGUAAGAAACUAAGCACACACACAGACACACAUGCAGGAGAAUAUAAAUAUUGAUAUACGCACGCUCUGAUAGGUUUUCCUUUAAUGACUGGACAUUCACUAUGCUGUAUGUCUUUUUUUUAAUUCAUUUAUGAUCAUGAGAACUGUAGGAAUGUCCCCCUUCAACUUUAGAUGAUGAGAUAUCUGAUAUUCUUUGACAGAGUUGUGCGAAUGGAAGAACCUUUUCAUUGCAGGAUCAAAUCAAUCACAAGGUGAUGUUUGUGUGGGAAAUAUUUGCUUUUACUUAGUAGAGCGCUUUCUCAGGGUAUAUUGAUUUGAAAAUGUACAAUGGAUUACAUAUUUAUUGUGCGUUUGCAAACGUUUCUGCUCUUCAGGAAUAUCCGGAAGAAUUUCAUUCACUUAAUCUGCAGUGGAGCAUUUAUACUCGUCAAUAGUUCCUGAACGAUCUGAGGGUUUCUCCAAUUUGUGUCUACUUCUUUUUUUUUUUUUUGUGCAUGUAGACUUUCACCCUUUUUUAAGAUAUUCACCCCCUAUCUUCUCAAAUUGGCUCUUUUUCAUAUUUUUCCUUGUUUAAUAAAUGACUUCAUGGCGAUGAAUAUUAAUUGAAAAUUAUCAUAUUGAGGAAUGAAAAUGUUGGUAUUCCGGGUUCUUUGGGAUUUUUAUUGCUCGUCAUGGAAUUUUAUUUACCAUUAAUUUGAGAAUGUUGUCCAUUAUACCCUCGGAGUUAUUUUUGUGAUUGAAUCAAUUACUUAGACCUCUUCUUGCGUUGAAAUAAAGAACUAGCAGCCUUCUAGAAUGAACUUUGGAUUGAUGAUUUCACAUGAUGCGUCAUUUAUUUUUUUUAUUAGUUCCAUGAUCAAUUUAUUUAUCAUAGUCUAAACGAGGUAUGUAAUAAUCAAUUCGUAGGUGGAUUUCAUCAACCAAGAGCUUCAAGAUACUGGCAUACCAAUUGUAAUGGUAUUGUAUUUUUAUUACCCCCUCGUUGGUUUGAAAACAUAUUUGUUUAUAUGCAUAUAUUUACUUAUGAAAGAAGGAAUUAUAUAAGUUGUUAGUCCCCUGGUUUUGCCAAGUUCUUUCAGACAGAGGAGCCUGUACAGUCAUCACUUAGUAGGUGCUUCAUUUUCUUUGAAGGUGGGUCAUUCAAUUGGUUCCUACAUUUGCCUGGAAAUCCUGAAGGCAAUGCCACUGCUGGGGGUAACAGUUUCUUCCAUAUGUCCGAUUCUUGGUGCAGCAUUUUGACCCCUUUUUAACACAAGGUCCAGAUGACACGAGCGCGCUUUUCUGUGUUUCAGGUGAAAUUUACUGUUGCGUUGUAUCCGUUUUUGACCCUGAACAAGGAUUCAUUGAAGCAGUCUCUUAUAGGUCUGACUUCACGGUACGUGUUUUCUUGCCAAGUUCUUCUUUCCAUUUGCAUCCCCUUCCUCAGUUCAUCCGUGUGAAUGUUCUUCGUCACUUGUGCGUCAAGGCCUCAAAUAUAGUAAUAUGCAAUAUAGUCAACUCAUUUACCCAUGUUGGACGCCUGUGCAUCGAUUAGUUGUAAUAUAACAUGAUAUAUGUGCCCUUUUUGACCAAAAUUCGUCAACAGGACGGUGAGAAAUCCCUGACUGACUGACAACUGGUGCUUUUUUGUGGUUGAUCGGUGAAUCUUUGACUUACAGGUCUCCCAUCCUCUCUACAGCCGCCAGCUCCCUUUUACGUUCUUUAGGAUUAUUACCAGCACCGAUUAAAAAUUUACUCGUGAGAGGAUCUCUAGGGCCAUCAUGGACUGCUGGUGCAGUUGAGGCUGUAUCCACCAACCUGCUGCAGGUGAGGAUCCCAUCUUUGAUAAGCCUUGACUUCGUGUUACAUUUUUCUUCUGAGUACCGCAAAAAAAUAAAUUAUGAGGACAAUAAACUCGACGAGAUGAGACCCACAAUGUUUGUCGAGAUGCUUUGAAGUUUUCACAACGAAUCAAAGAGAGUUUCCAGUGUAGCAUCUGUACCUGGGGGCAACCAACAAUCAAGCAUUCACUCCGUAUAUUUUUUUAUUUUGGAUUUGAUAUACCACGCAUAUUCUUACUGUAAUUCAUGGUGUUAUUUUUGUUUGAGCCUCUUGAAUCAGAGCAUAACAUUUCAGAUUUUGAAUCAGAUUUUGUUUGGCUACAACUCGGACCAACUUGUAUCAUUUAUGGAGAAAACUAUAUUAGAUGCCAUAAAUUCCCUUUAAGAACUUUAGUUUCAUGAAUAACCCAGUAGCACUCCAUGGGGGAGUUACACACUUGAAUGAGUCCCAUUAAGUCGUGUUAAGUUGGUCAACGGUGAUGUCGUUGACAUCGUUUCUUGGGAAAACGAUGGGAAAAAGGAGCUGUUUUGGCUGAAAAUUGUCAAAACAUGCUAGCUGAUGGGCAUCUGUAACCUUAUACUGUUUUUUUUUUUUUGGGAAAAUAUUCUAAUUUUGCUCUUCUAUUUUCUCACAACAGUACCAGACAAUGCGCAAUGUCCUUUUUAUGACAAGAACGGAAUUUGAAAAGGUGCUUCUUCUAGCAUUCUGCUACUGGUUCUUAUAUGAAAAAAAAAGGGAAACUAUCUAACUUGAUUUGGCAGAUCCCCGCAUAGAUUAUAAGAAUCUGCGCCUGUUCAUGAUUUCAGCUGUCAGAGGAGCCCGACUGGAGUUUCAUCAGAACUAAACAGGAUCAGAUAGCUCUUCUGUUUGGGGAUGAUGACCACUGGGGCCCUUUAUCGCUGUCUGAAGAGGUGAAAUUACCAAUUUAGGCAAAUGAUCAAAGAUAAUAUUUGGCCAAGCUAUCUUCUUUGCCCUGUUCUCAUUCCAAAGCUGGAGAGUUACCAGCCAUCUGCUUUGAUGGAGCUAUAAACUGAGACCAUGCUCCCCCUGAACCACAGAUUUCGAAGUGGGCCCCAGAUGCUGAUCUGGCUAUCGAAAGGGAGGGGCACACGCAUGCCUUCUGCUGCACCAAGGCUGGAUCAGUGUGGGUGGCCAAGCACGUGGCUGGCCUGAUAAAGAGCCGAGUCCUCAGCUGA